AUGAUGGCUGCAGCUACAUGGAGCGAGAUUCGGGACCUCGCAGAUCAGCUAAAAACGACGCAAGAAAGAGGAUGUGCACAGACUCUUUCAGAGCGUACUUGGGUGGAUGUCGUUCGUUAUUUGAUUGAUACCAACAGACUUAAGCUAAUUUUCACAACGGAUGGUCGUUCGUACCUGACAAAAGAAGAGCUAGAAAAAGAAAUACGAGAAGAAGUUGAAGCCCAUUCUGGACGAAUAUCUUUAAUCGAAAUAGCCUCUAAUAUAGACGUGGACCCUCUGAUUGUUGAAGCACGAGCGGCCGAAAUGAUUGCAGCAGAUGCACAAGACAAAUCUUCAAAUCGGUUACUUAGUUUGCCUGGAGAAUUGAUAGACGAGUCUUAUGUGCGUCAGGUUGCGCACGAAAUUCAGGAUAUGUUUGAAGAACGAGGACAAGUUAGUAUUGGAGAACUUGCCACUGCCUUCGGACUACCAACGGCUUUCUUGUUAAACAUUAUAAACGAAUACCAAGGAACGUUGUUUCGUGUUCAAAAGUACGGUGAGAAGUACCUGACAGAUGCUUAUAUGACAACCAAUCGAGCCAAAGUGCGGGGCUACUUUACCGCCCUGAUGCGCCCAGUUACCUUAAGCGUUGCAUCCACCAAGCUGGGCAUUCCGGAAAACCUCCUAACUAGCAUUGUCUCCAGCCUAAUAAGCAGUGGACAAUUGUGCGGAAGUUUGAUAGCUGGGCGCGGGACUUUUGUUCCAUUGUGCUACACAAAUGCGGAGGACAAUUACAUCAAUGCGUUUUACAACCAAAACGGCUACGUUGAGUGGAGUUACUUGAAACGCCUCGGCAUAUCUGAUCCUGCAGUGUAUCUUAAGAAUCUUCUACCGAAAGCAACUCAUUUGUCUGGUGUAUCUGUCGGACCUGUUCUCUUAGAUCAGUUGAAAGCCACUGUUGAAGAAGCUGUUCGUGAGUCCACAUGGGUUGAUCUAACUCACUGUCUGCCACCCGGUUUGGAGACGAAAGAACGCAUGCAAGUAAUUGGUCCGUAUAUCAAGAGUUCACCUCUUCAACCGGUUGCGGGAGGCGCUUUUAUCGUCUCGGACGUGUACAUAAACCAAUGUGAAUCAGUAUUUGAAAAGUUUCUGAAACUUCGGGCUCAGGAAGUUUUCGACGAACACAGGCGUUCCAUACCCGCGUCUACAACUUACACGAUUGUAGAGGCUGAGCAACCGUCAAAGCGUGGAACCCAAUCCUCUAAAGGUGGUUUUGGUUUCGGUGCGCGUGAGGUGAAGACGAAAAAUGUGAAGAAAAAAUAUGUACCAGGGAAGAAGAAGGCUGGUUCUCAUAACCCCACGGGUCCGGAUGAUGAAAGUGCUGGAAAUCUACCAGAUGGUUCCUCAAAUAUGCUGAGUUUUUCAAAACAUGUGAAUGAGGACGAACUUAACCAACUACUCGCUGGUGAGCUUCCUUCGGAUGUUCCGGAAGAAGUUGUGGAGGGUGUGGUUACCCUGUUGUUCCCCAAACUGGAACGUUUGUUUGCAAAGAUUAUUGAAUCGCUUUCCAGUGAGGAUACUGGAAUUAGACGAGGGAAUAUAGGUCAAAUACAAGAGGCAGUUAAUAACAUGUUAUUCUCAAUCCAGCUGAUGGAACGAGGAAUUAACGAGAUCACGGAUCAAGAACUGCGACAGUCAUUGAUUCGCUCUCUGGUGAAGAUUCAUGGGAACGGAAUUGUGGAUAAACUUUGCGAAGAGUUGGCUCGGUAUCACGGACUCCCAUGGCCACCGGGUUCGCCAGAAAAAUCCCCUCGAGAUGAGGUCGUAAAACCCACAGAAGUCGGUUCAACAUCUAACGAGCAAGUUACUGUCGAGCAGCGACACAAGUUUAUCGAUCAGUUAAAGCGUCUAGGCACUCCCGAAGCCAAAAAAUGUGCAGCAAGUCUACACGGGCUGCUAGAAAAGAUACGAGCUUUCUUGUCCGGAUUCUGUUCAAUUACCGAUUUCUAUUCCGUUCUAGACAACUUUGCCACGGAAGAGGUUGGUAUUAAACUGUCUACAUUACAUGCCCAUUCGGACAACAAGCGAAAGCGCGAGGAACGAAACAAAGCGAAUGAAUUGGCGUUACAAGUCGAGCUACAAUUGUCGAAUGCGUGUGAAGAGUUCAAAUCCGCUCCGGCUUUACAGCAGGCGGCAACAGCGGCGUUGGCCGCUGUUUGCCUAUUCGCACAGGUCGCCACAGGUUGGCCAGUUACCGCGCCUGGACGUUAUGUCCCAGAAUUGGUUACAUGGCUUUCGGAUUUCGUCAAAUCCACUCAGAAAGCUCCCGCAUUACCACCUGCUUUAAAUUCAUUUGUUUCUUCGUCUGCCAUGAACAAUCUACAUGUUUUGACCAGUUACAUUGCUCAACACAUGCACACAUCCGAUGAGGCUGAUUUGGCCGAAAGCUUGACCGAGCCCAUUUCGGAAUUGGUAACCGUAGCUAAAGAGUGUAGAAAGCAGUUAUAUGCUUGA